AUGAGCGGAACUUUAGGAUAUUUAUUAUAGCAAAGUGCUUAAAAUCAAGGAAAAAAAUCCAAUGAAAAGACAAACAGCAAGGCUGUUUCAGAAGUUGCCGAUUUAUUUUCUAAGGAAAAGACUGUUUUAGCUGAACCAGUUAUUGUAGAAGCUAUCAUUAAUCCUGAAAAUGAAGAAAAUGAGGAAAAUAAUCCUUUCAUUGAUGAAAAUAUGACUGCAAAAUAGAAAAAAGAAAAGGAUGAUAGAACUGUUUUUGUUGGUAACAUCUCCUUAGAAGCUACUGGUAGUUAAAUUGCUAAAGAGUUUAAACAAUACGGAAAAAUUGAAAAGAUUUGGAUUAGAUCAGUCCCAGUUGAAAACUCAAAAAUGCCUAAAAGAGCUAGUGUUAUCCUCAAAAAGUUUAAGGAUGGUGCUGAUAGAAAGAAUGCUUACAUUCUAUUUUCUACAUAAGAAGAAGCUGAAAAGUCACUUGAAGCUAAUGGAAAGGUAUUUUUGGAAAAGCACUUGAGAGUAGAUAAAGCAAAUGAAAAAAUAUUGGAUUACACCAGAACUAUAUUUGUUGGUAACUUGCACUUUAAGAUUUCUGAAGAAUAGCUUAGACAUCAUUUUGAAAGCUGUGGUGAUAUCUUGAACGUAAGAGUUAUCAGAGAUCCUAAAACUCAUGAAGGAAAAGGAUUUGGUUAUGUUUUCUUUAAGGAAAAGACUGGAUUCUAAAAUGCUUUAGAAAAAAAUGGAACUAAACUCCUUGAAAGAGAAAUUAGAGUUAAAAAAGCCGUCCCUGCAGAGAGACUUGAAAAGAAAAAAGUUAGAAAAGCUGAAAAGGCUAACAUUAUAAAUAAGGAACAUGCUAUUUAAAGAUUAAAAAGUAAAUUGAAAGGUAAAGCCGUUGUUCAUGACCAAGAUGAUUCCGAUGAUGAGUAAGAAUAGCCUAAGGUUAAAAAAGUAAAGAAGGGUAUUCAAAAAAACGACACUAUUCCUACAAAGAACUUUGAAAAGAAUAUGAAGACAACUAACUUUAAAGAAAACGAAAAUGAAAUUUUCGACUUUAAAAAUGAAAUGUCUAUUGCUCCUAGAGUCUUGAGAAAGAAAAUUAAAAAACUUAGCAAAAAGGGAAUUGAAUCAACUGAAGCUUUUUCAAAGGUUUAGCAACUUAAGAAAAAUAAAAAGAUUAGCAACGAUAAAAAUAUCUUUAAUUCUAAAUUCACUCUUUAAGCUAGAAAAGAUAAAAGAUUCAAAAAAGCCAUGCAAAAUAAGAAAAAAGGUAAAUUAGAAGUAAAGAAAGAAGAUAGAAAAGACAAAAAGAAAAAAACAACAACAGCAGCAGCCUCCACAGCUAAGAAAUAAACUAAUUAAUGA